CGAGAAUCAAACAUUGUGACGGUAACGUGCUUCAUUUAUAGUGAUUCGUAGGAGGAGAAUUCUUUAUGACUUCAUUUAAUAUGACGUAUUUUAAAUGCAAUUUUCUGCGUCCCUGUUGUGACCUGGCAGCACUCGUCCUAAGUUAAUUGAAUGGUUGCCAUUUUGAUUCUAAAUAUUCGAGUGGAUAGUAAGAAUGUACCUUUACGAUAGCUCCUUGAUUUUUGGAAUUUGGACGCUAGUUACUUGCGUCACCGUACCCCCAACAACGGAACAGGAUGCUCUCUUACUUAGCACACCUCUCCCAAACCUCCAGGAUUCACUCCGGAAGCACCUAAUUAUUCCAGAUCUGCUCAGGAUUGGCCCAGAUUAUGUACUUAACAUGACGUAUGGGAAUAAAUCAGUCACAGUAGGUAAUGAGUUUACUCCGGAGGAUUUGGGAUUAGAACCCACUUCAAUACACUAUACAUGUCGAGAGGACGCCUUCCACACAUUAAUCGUUGUAGGACUUGAUGUUCCGACGCAGGAACAUCAUACAGAACGUGAAUGGGUACACUGGAUACAGGUUAAUAUACCUGCAUAUAAUAUUACUUCUGGAGAGACGGUAGUGCCUUAUCAAGGACCUGGAUCGUCUUAUGGAUACGGUCAUCAUAGAAUGGUAUUUUUGGUUUAUGAGCAGCCUUGGAGACACACGAUAAGUUUCUCUGAAAAAGCUUUUGCAAACAGCCCUGUCCGACCGAAAUUCAAUUCCGAAAGGUUUGCCGAGAAGUAUGAUAUUGGGAAUCCUAUCGCAGCUAACUUCCUCAUCUGCUAUACAGAUUCGCCUCCGCCAACGAAACUGGCAGUCUGAGAGUUUGGAGAAGACAUUGCUUUCAAUUUUGUAAUUAAAUGUGGUGAGAUUCUGUGAAUUAAACAAUCGUGGCUAUUGCGUAAAAUAUAGUGUGGAUUAUUAAUAAACAAUAAAUUAAUUUAUUUUUCCAAGAAA